GAAGUUAAAAUUAUUCAAUUUAAUCAAAUAUCAGCUCUUGAGAUAGAUGAAAAAAUUGAUUCAGAAAAAGGUGAAGAUGAUAAAGAAAUUGAUGAAUCUACAAUAAAAAUAUUAUCAAUCACCUGGCUAGCUUCCAUAUUACCAUUAAAAAAAGGAAAAGAAAAUCAAAAAGAUAGUCAAAAAUUGUCACAGCUAUUUUUAAAAAACUACAAGAAGCAAUUUCCCACCUUUUCAUUAAUGUAUCCUAUUAUUCGUGAAUUACAAAAUAAAUUUUUAGAUGUUAGUUUAGAAUUAAAUGACAAUAAUGAAGAUAAUGACGACGAUAAUGAUAUAUUGGAUUCUGAAGAUGAAAAUGAUGACACUCCAUGUGCACCACCACCACCAUCUAAUCUCGAUCAAAUUGAAAAGAAAUUUAAAAUUGUUAUUUCAAAUUCUUUAAAUAAAUAUUGGCAUGAUUUUUGUGAUAUUGGAUUAGCCAGAGAAAAAUUAAAGAAUGAAUUUGAGAAUUUACAACACCUUAAUUUUACUAAUAAUUAUCAACUAGAACAACAAACAUCAACAUCAAUAG